AUGGCAACAAACGAACUUGUGCGCAAUCAGCGACGAAUCCUUCGUUUCUUUGAUAUUAAUCAGGAACCAAUUAGAACACUUCUACCAAUAGAUGGAUAUGAACAUAUGCCUAUUGUUCCUCUGGAAAUAGCCAUCGAACCACUAGUUUCGUUUCUACCUGCGAUCAAAAACUAUGCGUUUAUUGUCAAGGAGCGAUGUCAAGAUCAGAUCACUGAUAAACUAACAGUAGAUGAGGCAGCAUCAAUCAUGCUUUAUACGAUGGAUUGGGAGCCGAUCGACGAGUGUCUUUACGUUUCUUUAAACAAAACACUACGAUCAGAGACCAGAAAUAAACUGAAACCAUGGCAUUUAUAUUUAAAACUCUUUCUUACAGCAUUGUCACGUCUUCCAGAUUUACAUAAAUUUGUAUAUCGAGGAGUGAAGUUAGAUUUCAGCAGGUUCUACAAGACCGACGAAACAAUUACCUGGUGGGGAUUUUCUUCAUGUACGAAUAAUAUUAAUGUACUUCAGUCGGAUGCAUUUUUGGGUAUGACAAGUGAACGAACAUUAUUCACCAUUGAAUGCCAUUCAGGAAAAGACAUCUCCAAAUAUUCGUACUUUGCAUCAGAGAAUGAGAUACUUCUUCUUCCUGCCACGCGAUUCCGAGUACUUGGCUGUCUUGAUCAAGGCCAUGGACUUCAUUUAAUUCAAUUGGAAGAAAUAGAAUCAAAUUCUACUCUUGUUUCAAACAAACUACCUGCAGAGACCAGAACUAUAUCAACACAAUCAAUUCCAAGACCUAGACCGAAACCGGUGAUUGCAGCUAAUCAACGUGUAAAUCCAGAUGUACAGCGAACGAUACAGAAAUACGAAAGCCAUACUACUAUAAAUCUUAAUAAUCAAAAUGUCACUGAUAAAGACAUGGAAUUCGUUGUCAAGGAAGCGAUUAUGAAAAAACAUUGUUCCGGGCUCAAUCUGGCAUCAAAUAAUAUUACAGCAUCUGGUAUCUACAUUUUAGCUCAAAGAUUAGAUAACGCCUAUCCGUUGAAAACACUUAUUCUUCAUGGGAAUCCAAUAGGUGACGAAGGUCUUUCUUUUCUUGUCAAUACUCUGACAAAUAAUACCAUAAUCAAGACACUUGAACUUGGAGGUACUAGUAUCACAGAUGUAGGUGUAAAGCAUCUCGUACAAAUCAUCAGUGGAAACAAAUCAUUAAUUAAUCUGUGGCUUUGCAAAAAUCAGAUAACGGAUGUUGGGAUUCGAAUGUUAGCUGAUGUGAUUUCAAAUUGUAAUAAGACUCUUCGUUUUUUGUCUGUUAGCGAGAACAUGCUCCUAACUGAUGGAAGUAUCGAUUCCUUUAUUCAAAUGAUCAAGUGUAGUCAAUCAUUGGCUUAUCUGUUCGCAUCCUAUUGCAAUUUCUCUGCGACAGGUAAAGAACGACUCAUGAAACCUCAUCAAUCCUUCCCAAACGUCAAAUUGGAUAUUCGAUAG